AUGAGUGAUUCUUCUGGAAAUUCAAGUAAUGGGUUUGAUAUGCGUCUUUCCUCUUUAACUGUUGGUCAGUUCAAGCAGGCAGUAGAGGAUUUUAGAGAAGGAUCGCAUAUUAAAGAUGUGGUAAUGGUUUGCAAGAGGCAGAAUAUAUCAGGUAUUUGGGAUGAAAAGUUUUCAAAGGAGCCACUUCCCGUGAAUAAAUUUAUGGAAGAGUUUUUGCGUGAUGGGAUAAUUGCUUCUAAUCGGCUUAAACGUGCUUGCAAGUUUCAUCUAGUUACACCACUUAUUCAAAAUAGAACUGUCACCUUAUAUGUUGGGAUCAAAACUCCUCCACGUUUAAACCUUCCUUCUGGCGGCUUUAUCGAAUUGGUUGUUGAGUUGGAUUCAUUGAGCCACGGACCUCAAAUUGAUGGUGAUCAAGAAAUCAAAAUUCUUCGACUAAUCAAGCACAACAAAAAAGAGGGCACAAAAUUAGUUACUGGAGGAGGAAAAUUUGUUGGGAAAGAAGCAAAUAAUGGUUUCUUUGUUCAACCAACAAUAUUGUCUAAUGUUAAAUCUGAAAUGAAGAUUGCUCAAGAAGAGAUUUUUGGUCCGUCGACUAAAACUGAGAUUGCUCAAAUGCAAGAAGUGGAUAAGGCUGAUAUUGACGCUGAUGUUAAGGCAGCUUGUGAUGCCUUCAAAUUGGGCUCUGAAUGGCGGCGGAUGGAUGCUUCAUCCCGUGGACAUUUACUAAAUAAAUUGGCUUCUUUAUUGAAAUAG